CGUGGGCUCCCUUUGCUGUUGCAUGAGCAACAGGGAGCCGCGGCGGUCGCCUCUGGUGCUGGCUGCGCUGCCGGAGCCUCGCCGUCUGCAUCAGAGUCGUCUCCCGUCCUGAGUCCUUGAUCUCGUCGCCGCCACAGAGACGCUCUCGCCGACCGUUGGAUCACUCUCGCCGCUGAGUCCUCAUUCAUCUCCACAUCUGUGGUGGGAUCUGCGCAGCAUCUGUGUCGAGUGCCCGUCCGGCCUCUCCGAGCGCCGCGCGGAUGCGGAUGCUGUCCGAGAGGCUCGUGGAUCUCCAGACCAGCCAUAGCGAAGAUAAACAGGUGGGUGAGCAAUGGGGGGGAGGCCGACAACGGCAGAAAGAAAUGGGGACUUCCCCCCUGCCCUGUCUGUGGCUUGGUUGAUGUAUGAUUUGUAAAUACAGGCGUUCUGUUGAUGACAUUGGAGGACGUCAGUCCCAUCUACACGACCGAGAGAGUGAAGAGGGACAUCCAGGCCAGGUCCGGUAUCUCAUCUGAGAACCAGCAGUUGGUCUUCCACGGCUGUGAGCUCGAAGACGGCCACACCAUGAAAUACUACAACGUCCAGAGCAACGAUGCGAUCGAGCUCAUCAACGUUGCUCGGGGGGGCGGAGGCUCGCUGCCAUUAACACCUGACUUUUCGGAGGAAAAGGGGGAACCAUUGCGAGCUCCGAUUCCAUUGCGGCAGGUCGAGGUGGAAGAUGAAGAAGGGCGGUCAGUCGUAUUCUUUGUUCGUACUGACUGGGGAGACGAACUGCCAGAUGAUGUCGAAGAGGACGCCGCUGAGGAAGAGAAUGUCGAAAUCAGCGUGGAUGUGCUGGACUUCCCAACACGUGCGGCGGAGAGCGACCUCGAGACGAGCCCGCUGCGCAGAGUGGGUCUGUGGCAGGGUGACAUUACCACCCUCAAGUGCGAUGCAAUCGUCAACAACGCCAACCAGUAAGAGGGAGGGAGGGAGGGAGGGAACGAGGGAAGGGCACACAGCCAGGUAGCCAGUCGUAUAUGUCUUGUCUGUGUGCCGCACACGCAUAUGUCAGGAGUUUGCUUGGCGGGGGCGGAGUCGACGGGGCCAUCCACAACGCGGCCGGCGACGAGCUCGACCGCUACUGCAGGACGCUAGGCGGCUGCGACACGGGCAGCGCCAAGAUAUCGCCCGGCUUCAAACUGCCGGCCAAGUAUAUCAUACACGCCGUCGGACCCAUAG